CUGGCUCCGCAGCGCCGGGCUCAACCGCCCGCCCUGCCGGCGGCGGGAGGCGGAGGGCCUCGCCUUUCCUUUCCUCUCUUUCUUGGCCCUGGCGGCCACCCGUAGGCGGUGCCGCGGGCGCCAAAUUCGAAGGGGGGGGACGGACGGACGGCGGUUAAUUCCGUUGCGGCCGUUAAGCGGGCGGGCGGCCUCGUCGUCCCCGCUCUCCUCCGGCAGAGCCGUCCCUCGUCUCCGCCAUGGCCACCCCUCCCAAGCGCGGGCGGUUGGAGGGCGGCAGGAUCAAGAAGAUCGCCGUCGAGGGCAACAUCGCUGCAGGGAAAUCGACGUUUGUGAAUAUUCUCAAACAAGCUGAUGAGGAAUGGGAAGUUGUUCCUGAGCCUGUAGCUAGAUGGUGCAAUGUUCAGCAAAACUCUGAAGAGGAUUGUGAGGAGCUGACUGAAUCACAGAAGAGUGGUGGAAAUGUGCUUCGGAUGAUGUAUGAGAAACCAGAGAGGUGGUCUUUCACUUUCCAGACAUAUGCAUGUCUCAGCAGGAUCCGGGCUCAGCUCAGAUCCCUUGAUGGCAAACUCAAAGAAGCAGGGAAUCCCGUCGUCUUCUUUGAGCGAUCCGUCUACAGUGACAGAUAUAUAUUUGCAGCUAAUUUAUAUGAGUCUGAUUGCAUGAAUGAAACUGAAUGGACUAUUUACCAAGACUGGCAUGACUGGAUGAAUAAGCAGUUUGGUCAAAGCCUGGCGCUGGAUGGGAUCAUUUAUCUCAGAGCCACUCCUGAGAAAUGCUUAAAUAGGAUUUACUUGCGUGGAAGAGAUGAAGAGCAAGAAAUUCCCAUUGAAUAUCUGGAGAAGCUUCACUACAAACAUGAAAGUUGGCUUCAGCAUAGGACACUGAGAACAGAUUUUGAAUAUCUACAGGAAACACCUAUUUUAACAUUGGAUGUUAAUGAAGACUUCAAAGGCAAAAAGGACAGAUAUGAUCACAUGACUGAAAAGGUCAAAGAAUUUUUGAGCACGUUAUAAUCCUCUUUGAAGCGCGGGCAGAGUCAAACUGUUCCAAACAUCUGUGCGAUCAAAGUCUGAAGUACAGCUUCUGCUUUUAUAGAAGGCCUCUGGAGAGGCAGGACUCAAUCCUGUUGAUUUAAUUGUGAGGAACAAACAAACUUUGUGAAUAGGGAAGUUAUAAAAGAAAUCAGUAGGUCUGUUCAGUAUUAUAUUAAGUAACACUCGUAAAUUCUGAAGAUACUAGAAUUGUGAGAGUUCCCAAAUAUUGCGCCUGUUUCUAAUCAGACCAGUAAGUUCUUCUAGAAUAUUUUAUUGUAUUUUUUAAUUUAUGUUGUGCCCGGUAGCUAUUUAAUUUUAAAGAAGGUAGUAGUUUUUUAGAUCUCUCGUGUGGUUUUUUUAGUGGAAUUGAUUUGUAAGGGAUGUCUCAUUGUUCUGAGGAAGAAAAAAGUAAAAACCGUUUUUGCCGGUGAGGGAAUUUUAAUAUAACCUGGAGUUUUGUAUUGUAAGGUAUAAAAACGACGUCGUCUGACAAUUUUGAUAGUUGAAGUUCUUCACAGAAUACACUGAAUUGAAACAAAUCCAAAUAUGGCUGAAAUUCUGUAGAUAUCAAAUGAGUUUUUACAUCUGUUUUCAUCGUGCACUGUAAGCUAGGAUAUUAAGAGGCUUUCCAUUUUCUAGCAUGCUUGGGUUUUUUUUUUCUUUCCAAUUUUUUUCUUAAGCUCCUAAUAAAACAGAGCUGUUUGUUGUUGUUGGUAAGUUCUCUUUUCCUGUAGAGGAGUACGUUUGCUUGAUGGAUACCGUAAAAGGAAGAAGAAAAUUUUGGAAAUGGCCUCCAUCUGUAAAUGACGUGUCCCUAAACCUUUCCUUAAUCACUUUUCGGAUGUCAGAGGUGGCUUCCUGCUUUUGUUCCAGCUUCUCCAUUUGUUUACUGGGCCUUCUGGGUGCUUAUACAAGAUACUGCAAUAUUUGAAGUAGGCUGUCCUUUCUCAUCUUCUUGUAGUAAGAAGGGGAGACCUUUGUGGAGUAGCUGCUGUUCUAGUGCAUCUUGUUUUAUUAACUGAGCCACUUCUGUUUCAGGUGCAGAAAAUAUAAACUAUACAGGGUACACACCUCAAGUACUGUGUUUUAUGAGCUGCUUUGUUCUGCUUUAAACAUUUCUGAAUGAUUGCACAGCUGGCUUCUGAAUGCAAAAUUUUAUUGUAAAGCAUUUUAUUGUGUACAGUGGUGCCUCUGUUACCUGCUAAUUUGAGAUGAAAUUUCUUCUUUUGUGGUUGGAAUUGUGCUGGCGUUCUCUAACCGUUGACUGAAAAAUAAAAGUGGUUGCAAAGACUUUUUCAGUGCUUAA